CCAGGGGUCCUUCAGGUAGGAGGUCCUGGGUGACUUUGGACGUCCGCUCAGCCGGGUUGCAGAAGACGCUUGGUGUGCGUCCCACGCUGGUUCUCCUGUCUCCGUGGAGGUAGGCCUCUGCCGCAAACAUGCUCCGUCAGAUCAUCGGGCAAGCCAAGAAGCAUCCCAGCUUGAUUCCUCUCUUCGUAUUUAUUGGAGCAGGAGGUACUGGAGCAGCACUGUAUGUGAUGCGCCUGGCAUUGUUCAAUCCAGAUGUCAGCUGGGACAGGAAAAAUAAUCCAGAGCCUUGGAACAAACUGGGUCCCAAUGAACAAUAUAAGUUCUACUCAGUGAAUGUGGACUACAGCAAACUGAAGAAAGAAGGCCCUGACUUCUAAACCAUGAAGCUCACCAUAAAGCUGCUUAUAAUGAAGGUCUUUCAGAAGCAUCCGCACAAUUUUCCACUUGACCAGGAAAUACUCCUCUGAAUGCAUGAAAUCAUGUUGAUUUUUUGGAGUUUAUUAAACUGAUGAAUAAAUCUUUGAAACUUGAUAACGUGUCAGUAAUUAAUGCUGAAAAUCCAUAUGGGACUUUAUGGCUAGGGUAUAUGAAAUAAAAUACUAAAAUUCAAACCA